GGCAACAGUUUCGGACUGCUGUAAUAUGGACUUAGCUCUGUUUAUAUUCGAAAUGAGUAAUAAACGUACAAAUGUGCAUUAAUCCCGUUAAAUGAUUACAUAAGUAAACGUACGUGAUAUUUGGCAGUAAUGGAAAGUUCAGAGGUUGCCAGCUCAUAUGGGGAUGUAGAUCAUCUUCUUCAAGUAAAUGAGUUCUCUGCGUCAACAGCAGACGUUAAACAAUUACAAGAAGAAUUAAGAAGACUUCAAUCAGAAUUAGAUGAAUGUCGUUCAUUAGUUACUGUUGCUGAAUGUGAAAAAGAGAAUGUGGUUGAAACGGAGCAGAGGAAACGAAAAGAAGAAGUUGCUUCAAUUCAGAGGAUUAUGGAAGAAGCAGUUAGUGAAGCAGUAAGGAAUACGUCUAGUCGAUAUGAGAAGGAGAUAUCUCAACUGCAAAAGACCAAUGAGAAAUUGGAAGCUGAGUUACAAGAAUUAAAAAAUCGUGAGAAGACUGACAUUUCCCGAGAAGGGGUAUUAGCAGCUGUUACAAAAUCUCUGAAACGUGUUGGAAAUUUGGGCAGCCCUCUUCCUUUCACAUCCAGUACUGGUGAAAGCAUUGAAAAUUUGGAAGAGAGCAUGAGAAAGGCUCAAGAAGAUGCAGAGAUGUUGCGCUCACUUGUUGUACCUUUAGAAGAAGAAAUUAAAGCAUUAAAAGACAAAUUGCGGGCAACUGAUGAACAGUUAAGGCUGUAUGAAACAGCUUUUGCCGACUUGGUAAAGGGUUUGGGAUCUGAUGCAUUGUCAGAAAUGAUUAAAGGAAAAGGGCCAGCUGAAGUAGUAGAGCAUUUAGAUGAAAAGCUAACUAGUCUCAGUCAAGGUCUUCAAGCUGAAAAGGCAUCUAGAAGUGAUUUAGAAAUGUAUGUUGCAGUUUUAAAUACACAGAAAGCUGUUAUGCAAGAAGACAUGGAUAAGAUAAAACUUGAGUUGCAAGAAGUUUGUCAGUUACUUGAAAAGGAAAAAAAAGAACAUGUUCAGUUGAAAAGAACAUGGCAGAUGGCUAAUGAUCAGUUUUUAGAAGCCCAGAGACUUCAGAUCAUGGAUAUGCGUCGGAUGCAGAGUGUAUUAACAUCAGAACAACAGCGACAAAUAUCAGAGAUGAAAAGGGAUGAACAAAAAUUAGAAUUAGAGAGGCAAGUAAAAAAGGCCGAGAAAGAUUCUGAUGAAGUUAGAGUUUCUGAAGAUAAGGGAAGAACUUCUCCCUUUUCAAGGCCCUCAUCUGCGAAACUUUUAAAGAGCUCACCAGUGAUUAAUCAUAGGUUUCUUUCAGUUGGGAACAAAGUUAGCAAUGAAUUUGAUUCAUCAAUUGUCAAUUCUAAUCGUACUAGAAGCAUUCCUGCUAAUUUGAAUCAAGCAGAGCAAGAUUUAGUCAGUGAAAAGCGUUCACUUUCCAGCUCAGCAUUAAACGGAAUAGCAAAAGCUAAUGGUCAAAAUAAUUCUCCUUUAGUUCCUUUAAAUUCCCCACCUGUUAAAGAAGCUCAGAUGACUCCUUCUACACCCAAAAAACUACCAAGCCUUACUCAAGAUCAGCUGAAAGCAUUGUCUGAUCUCACUCCUGAAUUAGAAGUAAGAAAAUCUCUUCUUAAUAGUGCAAGAGCUGAAUUAGAAAGUUUUUCAUUGGUUGGAAAAAGGCUAGUCAGUGAAACAGAAUGGCAGUUGUUGGAGGAAGAGCUACGGAGAGCAAGAGAAAAAUUGGGUCAACCCUGUGAAAUGUGUUGUAAUUAUGAACUGCAGUUACAACAAGUUCAACGAACAGAAGUAGAACAAAGGACUAAAGCUGCUUCUAUGGAACAAACUCUUGAGGAUUAUAAGAAAGAUUUACGCAGGGAGCAAGAGUACAGACAAGAAAUGGAAGAGAAAUUUAAUGAAAUUUCUAAAGAUUGUGAAAAAAAGGUUAGUCAGCUCUUCAAAAUGCGUGAAGAAUUUGAGCAUGCCUUUAAUGAAAUCAAGAACAACUACAAUAUUUGUCGUAAUGAAUUAAGUGAAUAUCAGACUACUAUUACAAGUGAAAGGGAUUCUUUAAAGCGUGAGCUUGAAAGACUGCAGAAAGAAAAUGAUGUAUUGCUCGGAAAACAUAUUGCUAAAGCACAACAGAUGAGGAAUGAAGAUAUAAAUUUGCCCAACUCUGUAGAAGAGUUGCAAUUCUACUGCUUACAAAAGCAAGAAGAGCUUAUUACUAUAAAGGCAGCUAAAGAAAACAUGGAGGAAGCUCUUAAAGGAGAUAUCCAGAUGCUCAAAAAUCAACUCAUGUCUGAACAGACUGCAAAAGAAAGAUUAGAGGAUACUUUUAGUCAAGAAUUGGAUAGUUUAAGGGAGCAAUUAGGUAUUCUUGAAAGUGUAAAACAAGAACUAAGUGUGCAGCGUUCUCAAAAUGGUGAACUUGAUCAACGUUUAUCUUCUUUAUUAGAUGAAUUGCGUGUAAAAAACGAUAAAAUUUCUGAACUUGAAUCCCAGCUUGGCGAAUUACAGGCUGCUAAGUUAAAAUUAGAGGAAGAUGUUCAUGAACUGAAAUCCAAAGUUCAGGGCCUUCAAUCUGAUUUAGACAACAGUGAAGCAGUUCAAAGAGAUUUUGUAAAGCUGUCUCAAUCCUUGCAGAUGGAACUAGAGAAAAUUCGUCAAUCUGAUAGUGAAGUUAGAUGGCAGCACGAGGAAGAUGUUGUGGAGUGCAAUUCCUGUAAAAAAACAUUCCAAAGUCGUAAAGAGAAAUUCCAUUGCAACCAUUGUGGUAAAAUCUUCUGCCUUGAUUGCCUAUCUCGAACUGUAAAUAGUGGCCCUAAAGGACGUCAGUUCAAAGUGUGUAAUGUGUGCCAUACUCUUUUAGACCAUCAGACUGCCCCUUAUUUCAGCAGUGAACCUCCACAGACUCCUAGUUAGAAGAAAACAAUAUUUAUAUAGUGCUUAGAAUUAUUUCAAGUGAUUUCCUUUCUAUUUUAAGGAGAAUUCCGUAAAUAGCAUUAUACUGCUAUUUAUUAGCAAAUGCUAUGCAUUUGUAUUUAAUUAAUAUAAGAAAGCAUUCAUAAUAUCACUGUAGGAAGAUUAUUAAAAGAACUUUGAUUCAUACUUAAUUCAAGAAAUUUUGUACUUCCUUGAAUACAAAGAAGUGUGGAGUUGAUGUGUAAGUAUAUAUUCAGAAGAACUACAAGACAUCCUGAUAUGCAUUUUGAUGCCAAAGAUAUCUAUUAUUUGUCCGUUCUAAGAAUGCCAAAUGAAGGAGGAAGCUAGUCGUUAUCACUGUGGACUAUUCAGGACAGAAUGCUUUUCAAGCUUGUAUCUAAGGAGAUGAAAUAGUUUUUAAUCAUAUUCAAACUGUGGAGGGAUUGCUGAAAUGCAUAUUUACAUUUAAAUUAUGCAUUUUUAUUUCCUCUGCUGCAGUGUUCAUUGACGUGGAUUUUCCUGUCUGUUAAUGUUGUAUAAUGUAAAUUCAAAUAGGCCAUAAUGGCUUUAAACUAUUGCAACUAUUCUUUGCAAUUAUGGAACUGUGACAGCUACAGAGAUGUUUUUCUUUUUGAUUGAGAUAAAGCUGACUGUCUUUCACAUUUAUAUCUCUAAAUUUUAUGCAUAUUAUAUAGAAUAGAUUCAGGGCAGAUGAAUGCUGUUUAAAGAUAUGUGGGUGGUUAUAACAAAGUAGUUAACUGAAAAAUUAUGGAAUACUGUGCAUAUAAUUUUAGUUCUAAUUUAGAUACGUUUAUACAAAAUGUUAUUAUUAUUUAUAACUGUGAUAGCAUUAGUAUUGUAAAAACAUGACUUCUCAUAUUAAGUAUUCCCCCCUUUUUUAAUACAUAAAAUUUUUAUUCUACUAUCAUUUCAUAAAAACCUAAAAAUCUCUUAAUUGAAAAAAAUUGUAUUCUUUAUUUGUGUAUCUUUGCUGUUAAAUUAUCUUUUCUGUAAUUUGUUAUCCAAAAUGACAGAUAUUUAUAAUGUCUCAUAAUUAAUGAAUUAUAAUGUCCCAUAAUUGUUAAAUAUUCAUUUAAAUGCAACUUUUUUCAUUAUUCUAUGGUAAACUAAAAUUUCUAGAUUUCUUUUGGAACUAAUUUUGUUAGAAGAAGGAAGUUCAUGGGGGGGACUUUUCCCUCCCAGUUUUUUUCCUUGAGAGAGAAAAAUUACAUUUUUUUUUUUUAGAUUAGAUGUUAAAAAUUUACAAAUUUAGGAUAAAUGUUCCAAAAGAAUGGAAUAUUUUAUUUAAAAAAAUGUUUUCAAAUGUAUGCAAAAUAUAGAUAUGAAGUCUAUUGUAACCAUGUAUAUAAUAAUAUAAAAUAGUAUAAUUUAAGUUUAAAUUGCUUUUUCUUGUUUAUUUCAUGCAUGUUUUCAAGUCUUUCAUUUCAAAUGCAUUUAGCCUUUUCAGUUGCUUAGGAAAUACACAAGAAACUCAAACGAAAGCAUUUAGUAAAGUACAUUCUUUUGUAUGAUUGUAAUUUAAAUUUACUUCAGAAAUGAAUGGUGCCUUGCAUGAAUGGUUUCAGCUUCAGACUUCUGUAUUAACAUGAUACAAAAUUUAAUAAAGUAUUUGUUUUAUAAUUGAGGAAGGAAUAUAAUAUGUUUUUAAGUGAUAAAAUUUCAGAGAUUAAAUAUGAUAUGUAGGCCCUAUGUUAAGUUUUGCCUUUCUUUUACACUUUUAGAUUUGUUUUUGAUCUUUAAUGCAAGAGAAUUUGUUUUGCACAAUCAUGCAAGUGUUAAUGGUUUUUUAAUAUCUAAUUUUAUUUUUUUAUUUAGGUAUUGCAAUUAAACAUCUCUGGCAUUAAAGUGUUUAAUGUACUGAGCUUAGUGAACAAAUUAAAAAACAAAAAAAUAUAGAAAUAUUAUUUUGUGAUUUAUUUUGGCAUAAUAAUCUGGUAAAUAGUUUAUUAUGCACUUUUUAUUUUUUCUGCUUUUCAAAAGUGUAAAUUUUUUUUUUCUAAAAUAAAAUCUUAUCUCUUAAACUUAAUUAAUGUGCAGCUGUUUUAAGUUACAAAUUAAAAAUUUUUUUUAUUUAUAACAAAUGUUCCAUUACUUAUGUAAUUAAUUGCAGAUAUUUGUUUCAUUGUAUUUUUAACCAGUGCUAAGUCUGAAAACGUUUUACUGCAUUUUGGUUGUUAUAUGGAAUACAUAUAAACAGAAUAUUUAACUUAAAUAAGAUAUAAGCUUCUUGUGUGUUUAUAUCUUCCACCAGAACUACACUAUUUGAACAAAUCUGUUUGAGACAACUUUUCAGUUUCAAAAUUACAAUCGAAUAUUUUUCUUUCAUAAUAGUCAUGCUGUUGUGCAAAUUAGAGAUGCUACACAUUUACAAAUUUCAUUAUAUUUUUUUAACACUUUCCUAUUGAUUUGUAUUUUAAUAACUGAUGAAAAUGAUUUUAGUUUAAACUUUUUUAUAUCUGAUUCAUAAAAAAUGUUUUACUGUGUUAAAAGAUUUAUCUGCUGUAGCAAUCAAAUUUAAGUAGAGGGAUGUUAACUCAGAAUUUUUAGUGGAGGGGGAGAGAAAAGCAUAUGUCCUUUUGCCUUAGGAAAUAUUAUUUAAUUAAUAAAAGAAAAUAAGAAUUUAGUGCAUUUUAAAAUUUUUCUAAGAAGGGAUUUUCUACAUUCGUGACUGUAGUAAUGAAAUUAUUUGAUUAUAAUAUGUGGCAAACUGUAAUAGUCAAUAAAAAAAUUAUUAGUGUAAGUA